CAUUUGACUAUGAAGUGCAAUUGAGACUUUUAGCCAAUGUUGUUUGCCUAGCUGCAGGCUUUCUGAUCAGAGAAAACUGCAAUCCGUGCCGCUGUCCUGGUUUUAACACUUCAAUCGCGGGAGAGACCAGCCCCAGCAGAAGAAUCUACGUUGAAAAUUUGAACAUUGCUUCGCAAUAGUCACAAAAAUGAGCCAAUUUUCCAAAAAUUCAUCUGACGAUAAGCAGAAACAGCAGCAGAAUUUCAUUAAGAGAUAUUUAGUAUCAAAGAAUAAAGUAAAAAAUAAUUUACAGUGUAAGUUAUGGAUAUGUAGUCUGAUUUUGCUCAAGUUGGUAUCAUUGACAUUAAUGCUGCACUACAGAGGUGAUGCCCAAAGCCUACCUGUAAAGUACAGGUUAGACAAUAACAUCAAGUGUCCAUCCAUUGACUUCAAUAAUGGUACAGAUGGUGACUACCAUGCUCACGAUAAUACAACUAUUUUCUUUGUGGAGGUCUCUGACCGAACUAAUCCUACUUUUUUAUCCUUGUGUUCUGUGGAAUCUGCAGCAAGAUCUCAUCCCAGGGCCAAGAUUGUCUUUUACAUGAAGGGUCUUUCAGCUGCAAAAGCUAAAACCUUUGGGAUUUCCUUACUGAACUGUUUUCCUAAUGUUGAGAUCAGGCCAUUAGACCUGAUAGAUCUUUUCGCAGACACACCGUUGUCUUUGUGGUAUUCCAGAUUGCACCAGUGGUGGCAACCUUAUCUAAUACCAACCAUCGCCGAUGCCUGCAGGCUUGUCCUUUUGUGGAAAUAUGGUGGGAUUUACUUAGACACGGACAUUAUUGUUCUCAAAAAUCUGUUAAAUCUCACCAACAGCCUUGGCAAAGAAGAACAGUAUUUACUGAAUACAGCCUUUUUGUCUUUUGAUCGGGGCCAUGACUUUAUUGGAAACUGUUUGAAGGAUUUUGCUGAGCACUUCAAUGCAUGGAUCUGGGGCCACCAAGGUCCCCAGUUAGUAACCCGUGUUCUUAAAAAGUGGUGUCAAAAGAGGAGCGUAGCCAAGAUUCAGCAGUGCAAAGGAGUGAGUGUGUUACCUCCUGAGGCUUUCUAUCCAAUUCCUUGGCAGGACUGGAAAAAAUACUUCAAGGUAAUGAGCAGGUCUGAAGCUCAGAGGUUACUGAAAAAUUCUUAUGCGGUACAUAUAUGGAAUAAAAUGAGUCAUGGAACUUCGUUUUCGAGGGGAUCGAAAGUGAUGAUUGACCAACUGUGCUCAGUUUACUGUCCCAUCUCGUAUCAAGUAAUGAGGUGGCAGCAAAACUUGGAACACUGAAAAUAUAGCAAUGAUUACAACAUGACUUUGAAGGUGGAUUUAAAAAUUGAAAUCAAACCAUGUCAGCUGUAAGAUUUGAUUUUAAAGGUAUGCAUUUUUGAAGUUGUGCCCCAAUUUAAAAUGACCAUGCGUGUUUCAGGAUAAUGAGCUGUUAAAAGUGGAUGUAUAAUUGUAAUAACAAUAAAUGCUGUCAU